AUGGUCAUCUUGAUAACUUGUGCUUUCCCAACAUCUACAGAAAUCAAAGAAUUUCCGAAUUGGAUAACAAUUAUGAGUUCGAUUCAAAUUUCUUGUAGCUCUCUCCCCCACGACAUAAUCUUGAAGAUCGGCUCUUCUCUUCAGGUGAUCGAUCUUUGCACACUCAGUAGCUGUUCUAGGUUUUGGAGAGAGCUAUGUGCUUCUGACAUCUUAUGGGAACCUCUGUUUAAAAAAAGAUGGCCCUUAUUGGCCACAUUUGAUGCAGACAAUACUCAGUUUCCUCCAGUACAAACCCCAGAAACAGAUGACAAUUCCCAGGAAUGGAGAAGAUAUUACAUGAUGCAGCACCAGGAAAUGGGAUCCAGAGCAUCCGAGGUGAUAAAAUUUGUGAUCGAGUGGCCUGCUACGUUGUCUCUAGAGGCCUUUGAGUAUCAACACGCGAUCGAAACAAUGAGCUCGACGAGUUUAGGGUUCCAAGACGUGGAGUUAUUUCUCUUCAAACCAAACUUGAGUGUGCUCCUCAACCUCAUUGGACUCCUCUACUGCAUACAACACUUGAAACCACAGCGAGAGCAAAUCUUGGAUGCGAUGAGGAGAUGUGGAGUCUCAGAGCAGGUGGUUUGGGUGAAAUGGUUGACGUUGGGAAGAUGGUCACACGGGACGAGAAUGAGAGACGAGAUCGUGUCGCGUCAGGUGUCUUUAGCCGAUGUUGUCAAUGGGAAAGAAGAAACGGUACUGCGCGUGCUUCAACGAGGAGUUGUUCACGAGGUUUUGCGUGUGUGUGUAUCAACAGCUGAUCUUGCUUACGCUACUUGCACCAGUAGCACCAUCAGGAACUACUAA